AUGGCUCCCAUCACGACCGAGAUCCCCACCGCAACCGAGCUUAACCUCUCGCUCAAGGCUCCCAGUCCCAAUCCCAAGUCGCAGCGGUUUAGCCGGACGGGCCGCCCCGACUCCGAGUACCCGUACAAGGCGUUCCUCCCCGCCUGGAACGCCGAGACAACGUACCCGCCCUUCAAGGAGUUUGAGAACGUCGACCCGGGCGUGGCAGCCCAGGCCCAUGACGACCCGCGCGUAGUCCUAGCCCACACCGACGUGGAGGUGGAGGACAUGGGCCCGCGAUUCGGGAGCGUCAUCUCUGGAGACCAGUUGACUGAUCUCGAUGCGGACGGACGCCAGCAACUCGCCCUGUAUGUGACCUAG